AUGGCGCUCGAUCCGAAAACCCCAUCGUACGUGACGAGCGACAAGACAUCAUUCGCCUACAUAUCUGCCCGAGAUCGGUGGCCAGUUAUCAUCACAGGUGCAAUCGACGACACGUACCGCUCCGUCAUGUCCAGUAAUGACACCGCCAAGGAAGAAGAGGGCAAGAAGAUUGUCGAGGAACUGGCGCGGCUGAAGUACGAGUUGCAACACGACCGACAGCUCACUCCCCUUCGAGAUGAUGGACAGCCCGACAUAACGCUGUACAACCAGGAGCUUGAGAAGCUGGGAACGCCGACAUGGUUCAACCUUCCAUGGCUCUUCAGCGAGUGCUACCUCUAUAGACGCAUGCAGACAUCCUUCAGUCUUUCGACUUGCUGGAAGAACUACGAUGUUUUCGCGCGGCAAAAGAUCAAUACUUUCCGAUCGUCACGACCCGCUGUCAUCGAACUCGCCUCGCGAUAUCAAGACCUCGUUACACAGAUGGCAACAGAUAAAAGCAAGACAGGCCCAGAAGCAGAGGAGGCGCAAAAAAUUCUAUUCUACGAGAUGUGCGAAAUCUGCUUAUGGGGCAAUGCCACCGACCUGUCAUUGCUGACCAGCUUGACAUACGAAGAUAUACAGAAGCUGCAGGGCUCCGAGGCGCGCAAGAAUAGCGAGAAGAACAUAUUGGUGAACGACCUAGGAGCUGCAUAUGACGUACUCAAAAAGGCCCGUGACGAGGGUAAGAAGGAGCGUCGAGUCGACAUUGUGCUCGACAAUGCCGGUUUUGAACUGUACGUGGACCUUAUCCUUGCGGGGUACCUGCUCUCGGCCGGCCUGGCAACGACCGUCGUCCUGCAUCCCAAGUCAAUGCCGUGGUUUGUUUCCGAUGUACUGCCAGCCGAUUUCGCAGCCCUGCUCUCGGCACUUGCGAGCCCGAAAUCCUUCUACGAGACGCCUUCGGAAGACGAGGAACGGCAGAACAAGACGCCUGCGCCGCUAUCAGACAAGGAGGCAGAGCAACUGAGCUUCUUGUUCCAGGAGUGGGCACGAUUCCAUGCAGAGGGGCAACUCAUCAUGCGCCCGAACCGAUUCUGGACGCACGGAGGGAGCUUCUGGAGGUUGCCAGCUGAAGAGAAGGAACUGCUUGAGGAUCUGAAAUCGAGCGAAUUGGUCAUUUUCAAGGGUGAUCUUAAUUAUCGCAAGUUGACUGGUGAUGUUGCUUGGGAUCCAGCAACACCCUUCACGGAAGCCAUUGGACCUCUUGGGCCCGGUUCCGGUGUCAACAUCCUUGCACUCCGCACAUGCAAGGCGGAUGUCGUUGUCGGGCUGGACUCAGGUAUAGACGAAAAGCUCCGCGCGAUGGAAGGUGGGGGCGGUGCUAGUGGGAAGAGAGAGUGGGCUUGGAGUGGGAAGUGGGCUGUUGUGUCUUUCUCAGGUGGUAAGUAG